GAGCAGGAAGGAGGGGGCAGUGAAAGCAGAGCUGUGAUGUAGACAGCGAAUCACAUGAGCAUGGAUCUGUUUACAAACUGAGAGCUCCAUAUACAUGAAGUAAAGAAGAGAGACAAGGACAAGGAAAAAAACGAGGGAUCGAAGCCUGCGUGUGAAGAAUUUUGUUGUGUCACACAGCCUCCUUUGUGUUGUGCCUUCACAGCAGGAAUGCAGGUGAAGAGAUGAAGAGCUGCUUUCCACAAGAACACCGAGGCUGCUUGCUUGGCUGGCUGUGUUGCUGCCAUCCACGUCCCUUCCCUUUGUAUCUCCAUAAUUGGCCACGGCAGGUUUCCACAGCCAGAGAGGGAAAAAGCGACGUGGAUAUCUAAAACAGGAGAGAAGAAGGGAAAGAAGAGCCGAAAGAAGGGAGGGAGAGAGCCUUGUGACAAUGUUUUGUAGUGGAAAACGAAGCAAAAAGACAGGUACUGCUCAUUAAAAGCUUCAAGCACUCUGCUGUAUGGGAAUCAAAGUAUUCUUAUUCAGAUAUUAUUAUCAUUUUUUCCCACAUGGCUUCAACCUUAAAGACUAGUUUUUAAUGUGAAGCAGGACAAAGACAUUUAACAAUUGCAGUUUCAUCCUAUUGGAAUUAAGGAGGAUGUUUGGGCCACAUUUUUGGCUGAAUUAUCUCUGACGGAGUAAGUGGAGUACAAAUAAGCAGCUGUUUAUUCCGAUGACUGAGAAACUGGCUGCCUCCUGACUACAAGAUUUCAACUCUUUGUACAUGCCAAUUUUAUGUGGAUAAAUUACUGUAAAAAGUGAAAGCUGCAACUUGUUUUCCCCUGAAACAAUCAACCUUUUGGGGAAUUACAUUGGUCACUUGUCAAAAGAAUUUUCUGACCUUGACAUCUCUACCAUCUAUAACAUUUGAUGCAACCUUUCCAGUGGUGUAACGGGUGUCGGUGUGACCUUGCAUUGCAGAACUCGGACCCCUCCUGCAAGAUGACGUCUGAAGAGCUCUUUUACUUGCCACUCAACGUCUACAUCAUCAUUCUGGGCAUCGGCCUUUUUAUCCUAAUGCUCAGCCUCAUUUUCUGCUGCUACCUGUUCAGACUCAGGCGACAAGGUGCAAGAGAACACUAUGGCUAUAAUGAGGUUGUUCUAAAAGGAGCAGGGAAGAAACUGAGCCUUCUUGGGCAAACAUGCGCGGUGUGUUUAGAAGAGUUUCGCAGCCGGGAUGAGCUUGGAGUGUGCCCAUGUUCCCAUGCUUUUCAUAAGAAGUGUCUACUGAAAUGGUUAGAGAUCCGUAGUGUCUGCCCCAUGUGCAACAAGCCAAUAUGUCGCCUCCAGCCUGGGCCUUCACAAGCUGCCGAGCAGCCACAGGGACUCCUGGAGGUCCGCGAGGGACCGCAAAUAUGAAUGGCACAACCUGUCAUCUCCAGUAGAUCCACACGUGUUACUUCAACCAUCCAACAGACUAGUACAGUAACAUUUUUAUAAGACAAAUCUUAUGGCAGAAGGACUUACUCGAAUGUGAGUGUCCUCUUUCAUAACUGUUAAAUAACUGUUUAUAAAUGUGGAGUAAAAACAUUGUACAAAAGGCAUUUUCUUCAAACUUUCAGAGAAACUGUGGCAUUUUUCUAAAUGUUAGAUAGGCUACAUACCCUGAAGACGACAGUACUCUACUACUCUCACUGACUGCCUGAUAUGCUUUUCUAAAACAGCUAUGCCACAGUCACAUUAAGGUCACUGGGCACAUCACACAUUUGUGCGAUACCUUAUCUCUUGAAUUUGUGGGGCACAGAAGCCAAAUAAAAAGUUCUUGUCCAAUCACAUAAUUGUACAAUACUUGUACAAUGUAUAUUGGAAAAACGGACCUAAGUGCAUAAUUGUACAAUACUUGUACAAUGUAUAUUGGAAAAACUGACCUUUAUGGUGAACCUAAGCUCAUGUGGAUGAAAAAUGUGCAACUACAACCUUUUUCUUAUUUAAAAAUUUGGGGAAGAUGUUCAGUUCAGAAUGAGCUAAUCACAUUAAAUCUCAUGUUAAACACUAGUCAGUACACACCUGAACAGGAUAAGCGGUAUCAAAUGUAUGUAUGUAUGUAUGUAUGUAUGUAUAGUGCAAAUUAAAAUUACUGGUAAUGGA